ACCUCCAUAUACUUGGUAAGUUAUUGUAGAGUUGCUGUGAGUUUCAAGUGCAAUGAAUAAGUUGAGAGUCAUCUAAAAUACUAGUGCCGUAUCAACAUCCCACGGGUCACAAGAGCCAACCUUCAACUGUAUCUAAGACAUAAUCAAGGUGCUACAGGACAGCCUGUAUGUAGGUAAAAUCAGUAUUUUUGAUUGGAUUUCAGGACUGAAACCAAUCAAGAUCAACUCUGUCAUUUCCUUGAGUAUGUAUCCUGAACUGCUGUAGUCUCCUCUUUUGUUGCAGAGUCUUGGCUACCUAUUAAGUAAUGGAGGAUAAAUCAACUUUGAAAGAAUUAGAUACAUGGGUUGAGCAGUUGAAUGAAUGUAAGCAACUCUCUGAAAAUCAAGUUAAAACUCUUUGUGAAAAGUCAAAAGAAAUACUAGCUAAAGAAUCCAAUGUUCAAGAAGUAAAAUGUCCAGUUACUGUAUGUGGAGAUGUGCAUGGGCAGUUCCAUGACCUUAUGGAACUGUUUCGUAUUGGAGGAAAAUCUCCAGAUACCAACUACCUCUUCAUGGGAGACUAUGUAGAUAGAGGAUAUUAUUAUGUUGAAACUGUAAACCUUCUAGUUGCUUUGAAGGUGAGAUAUCCAGAAAGAAUAACGAUUUUGCGAGGAAAUCAUGAGAGUAGACAGAUUACUCAAGUGUAUGGAUUUUAUGAUGAAUGCCUAAGAAAAUAUGGCAAUGCAAAUGUUUGGAAAUAUUUUACAGAUCUGUUUGACUACUUGCCAUUGACUGCCCUUGUUGAUGGACAGAUAUUUUGUUUACAUGGAGGAUUAUCUCCAUCAAUUGAUACCUUGGACCAUAUCCGGGCUUUAGACCGCUUACAAGAGGUACCACAUGAGGGACCAAUGUGUGAUCUUUUAUGGUCAGAUCCUGAUGACCGUGGGGGCUGGGGUAUCUCUCCACGUGGUGCUGGGUACACCUUUGGACAAGACAUAUCAGAGACAUUCAAUCAUACAAAUGGCUUAACACUUGUAGCUAGAGCUCAUCAGCUGGUAAUGGAGGGGUACAAUUGGUGCCAUGAUAGAAAUGUUGUAACAAUUUUCAGUGCACCCAAUUAUUGCUAUCGUUGUGGUAACCAAGCAGCUAUUAUGGAGCUGGAUGAUGCUCUUAAAUAUUCAUUCCUCCAGUUUGAUCCUGCACCACGGCGAGGUGAACCUCAUGUGACACGUCGAACUCCAGAUUAUUUCCUCUAAGUAUUAAGAUUGAGAGACUGGUAGCUUAUGUCAUACAAUAGGAAGGAAUAAAAAACAAUUGCAGACUUCACCUUUAAUAGAAAAUAAAAUGUUUUCUUUCUUUGUUCACUGUGGUUGAGUUUGGUAAAGUUGUUGUCUCCCAGUUGAAAAUAGUUACUUAUUUUCUGGAUAGAUCUGUAUUAUGACUGUAUGCUCAUGUAAUUUGUUUGUGUAAAAUUUGAUAUUGUCUGACUUGGAUUUUUUCCUAAAGAUUUGCAUGUAAAUGUAUAAAAUAAAAAUGCCACAUUAAUAUUCAGCUGAA